UACGGAAAUACACCCCAGAGAUAAGCAUCAAUGUUGCGCACUUCUAAAAAGCAGCUCCAGCAUUUCAGUAGCAGUGCAUGCAUUUUUCUUCUUAAAAUUGACUAUUUUUUCCCUGGUUCUUUGGAUUUGUGUAUGUGUGUAACUUGUAAUGUGGAGUUAUGUAGCCAUUUAAGAUAAUUCCUGAGGAUUGAACCAAGUUACAUCAACUGCUGGGAACAGCACCGACAAGAAAGACAGCAUCUACACUUUCUGCAUCAACUUUUGAGUUUUCACAGGUCAAAAUGGCGAGCUCCUUCUCUUUUUGGCUUUCCUGUGGUUAUCUGUUUCCUCUGUUCUUGAUCAUGGGAACUCUCGGUGUUGGUACUGAGUGUGGGGUGACGACUUCUGUCAAAACUUUGGAAGAGAUGGACAGAGAUCUGCCCAAUCCAUCCAAAUGUGUGCUGGACUGCACUACGGGGACCUACAUGAGAAAGCUGCAGGUCCGAGACACUCGGACGAUGCGCUUUAAAGACUCAUCAGCAGGUGACCAAGGAGAAUACUGCUGGUCAACACAGAUUAAGUGUGAGGCUGGAGAACAUUUGGAGCGUGCUUACAUCCUGCUGCCUGUUGAUAAAUCUCAGCUGGAGGAGUCCAUGGGACUGAAGAUGACUCUACCCCCCAUUACAGAUGCACUGUGGCCUCACCGCCAACAAACACUACUCCCCAACAACUGUGGCCUUCAAUUCAACAUCACGUCCCAUUUUACCACAGGACCGAGGGAGCCAAAGCUUUGUGUCAAGGUCAAUUUCCAGGAGAGCAUUGUGGGAAAUGGAGUCCUCAGAUGUCCCCCUUUCAUGGUGACAAUGUGGCAGAAAAAGCAGAAUCACUCACCGACAAAUCAAGAAAGAGAGUGAAUGGACAUGAGAUCAUUUGACUACCAUCCAAAAUACUGGUUGGUAACACGCUUGGUGUGCCAUUGCCUCUCAAGUUACUUCAAUAGAAGUCCACAGAGUUAUUAAGUCAGCAUUUAUGAAAAGUCGCAUCUGAACCUUACAGCAUUGCUAGAAACAUGCCUAUAAUAGAAAUCUAGUCAGCAGCAUUUUGCUUUUCAAGUGUUAAAAAAAUGUCUUGGCACUCUUGCACAAAGCAGGGGCGUCGUUAGACCCUUUUUACUGGGGCACGUGCCCCAGUAUAAAUCUGCUGUGCCCCAGUAAAAUCUCAAGUUUGAACGAUUGACUUUAUUAGUCAAUGCAUUAAUAAUAUAUUGAUAAUCCUGGAAAAAAUGUACACAGUAUCCCAAUCAACGCUUGUAAAAUCAAAGCAGUUUAACCGAAAACACAAACCGAUGCAUGCAGUCCAGUCCAGGUGUCGGACUCGGCACACAAGUCAGAAUUGAGGUCGGCUAAGAAAACAUUACUAAACUAAAGAAAGUUUCUAAAUGAUAGCCCUACAGAUCAUCUUAUUUUGACUAAAAUAUAAAAAGAAUUAAAAAAACAAAAAAAAACAGUAUUUGCGCUCAAAUGGAGCGAAAAAGAGUUGCGCACUUGCAUUAACUAUUGAUGUCCCUGAAAGCUGUUAUCAAACUUGCGUCUCUGAACUGUGUAAAAUUGGUUAAGCAAGACUAGUUUCUAUAGCCUAGUAGUGCAUUGUGCGCAGCAAGCUUGAAAGAAGAAAAGGGAUAUGAAUAGGGGCCUGUGCCCCAGUAGAGUUUUCAAAUCAAAUCAAAUCAAAUUUAUUUGUAUAGCCCUUUUUACACGCAAGCAUGUCACAGAGGGCUUCACAUAUGCCCAUAGAACUGCCCCUCAACCAACCUAAACCCUCAAGGAAGACAAGGAAAAACUCCCCAAAAAAACUCUCAACGGGAGAAAAAAUGGAAGAAACCUUGGGAGGAGCAAUUCAGAGAGGGAUCCCCUCCUCCAGAGACGGUUGGUGAGAGAGAGGAGCAGAACACAGGCUAAACAUAAUCAUACAGUGUUGAUGGGUUUUUAAAACACCAAAAUCCAUUAUUCAACUUUAUAGAUGUAGGACAGGACCGGGAGACUCGCGACCAGGUCCAGUGUUGGCUGACCGACGACCAGGCAGGUGCUGACAACUCAAACCCCCCACACCACAAGGGAUGUGUGUGGGGGGGACAGAGAGAGGAGAGCAGGGAUUAGAGAAUGCCAGGAGCAGCUAACAGUUACAGUCAUAAUAGAAUGAGAUCCCCACCGGUCAAGUGUGGACUGGUGCAGCAAUUUAACAGAGCAAAAAAGGGGAAUUUGAUGCAACCCCACACACCAAGACAGCGACAGCCCCCCUCAUUUGGAACAUGAAAUCUGUUCCAGGGAAGAGAACUCUAAAAUAAGUUAUACUUAAAGAAUAAGGAUGGAAACAACCCGUCCCCCGUUGCCUUCAACUAGUAACAUACUUACCUUUAACAGUCGUAGAAUUGACUAAACAAGAAAAGUUUUUAACCUAAUUUUAAAUGUCGAAACAGUAUUAGACUCCUUAAUUGAGACGGGUAAUUUGUUCCAGAGAAGAGGUGCUCUAUAUGAGAACCUACCUCCAGCUGUUUUUUUCUUAAUUUGGGGAACCACCAUAUAGCCGGCAUCUUGAGAUCUAAGUGUCCUUGCGGGGCAAUAGGGUGCAAGGAGACCGGAGAGGUACAGUGGUGCCAAUCCAUGCAGAGAUUUGUAGGUUAGUAGUAGAACUUUGAAAUCAGCUCUGGCUUGGAUAGGGAGCCAGUGUAGAGAGACAAGAGUAGAUGUUAUGUGAUCAAACUUUCUUGUUCUGGUCAAUAGUCUAGCAGCAGCAUUUUGCACCCGCUGUAAAUUUUUCAGGUGGGUAAUUGGGAGGCCAGAGAACAACACAUUGCAAUAGUCCAAUCGGGACGUAACAAAUGCAUGUAUUAGUUUUUCGGCAUCAUCCUUUGAGAGAAAUUUUCGUAUUUUGGCAAUAUUACGUAGAUGGAAAAAUGCAGUUCUGGUAAUUUGCUUAAUAUGGUACUCAAACGAAAGGUCUGGGUCCAUUGUGACUCCUAAAUUUUUUACUAGCUGGCUUUGAGAGACUUUGACGCCGUCUAAGUCUAAGGUCAGAUUGGAAAAAUUAUUUCUAUAUUUUUUAGGACCGAAAAUUUGAACCUCGGUUUUAUCCGAAUUUAGAAGAAGGAAAUUUGCAGUCAUCCAAGCUCUCAACCUAGAAACACAUUUUUCCAUAGCAUGUGGAAAUUCUCCAGACUUUAUAGACAUAUAUAGCUGAGUAUCAUCUGCAUAGUUUUAUGUCUAACAACUCCCCUGGCAUAAAGGCUGGGAACGAAGACCGUGAGGUUCUGUGACCUGAAGUAUAACUAAAGUGGACUGUCAAACGGACAGCGUAGCUUGGACUGAAUGUGGGGAUGACUUCCACCAGUCAUUGGUGCCAGAGGUCAUGCUUUGUUGUAUUUCAUUUCUUGCUAAAUUACAAUUUAAUCUUUAAGCUGUGUGUAUGUAAACUAUUGCUGUCUUCCCAUUCUUUUUUUGUGAAGACAUUUGAAAACUGGAAUGGCACAUUUGUGCAUAGAAUGGUUGCUUUUUUUUUAAGAACACAAUAGUGUGUGAACCAAAAUGCUGCUUAUUUAGAGUUAAUACCAUACAGUUUGUUCGACUUCAGUCUGACCAAAUGCCAAUAACAUUAAAACAAUUUUUCAUGG